GGCGAGGGGGGAUGUCCCAGAGCCGGCCCCGCCCCGCCCCGCCCGGCUCCGGGUUUCAGUGUCGGCGCCGUGGGCUCCGCUGGGCGAGCGGCGCGGCAGGAUGGGGCCCGGCUGGCUGGUGGGCGCGCUGCUGCUGCACGUGGGGGGCUCGCUGCCCGGCCAGGGCUCUUCAUUGCCUUAUAUGCAGCAGAUUGCGGUGUGCAAAGACCUACGCUCUGAAUACUUUGAAGAAAAUGUUAAUAAAUGUUGCAGCAAAUGCCGUCCAGGUUACCGUGUGCUUCAAAGCUGCAAUAGCAGUACGGACACAGAAUGUGCACCGUGCGAGAGAAACACGUACACAGCGCUCUGGAACAGAGCUCGGCGCUGCCUUGGCUGCUCACCCCGCUGCGAAGCCGGAUUAGUGCAGACUCAAGAAUGCACAAAGACCCACGACAGAAUCUGCAGCUGCUCAGCCAACACCUACUGUACUACAAAACAAAGUCACGGUCGCUGCCUGUUUUGUAAAGCACACAGGACGUGUAGAAAAGGCUAUGGCGUUUCCAAACUAGGAACGGACAUUGCGAAUACAGACUGUUCCCCCUGCCCCCCUGGCACUUUUUCAGAUGAAGACUCCUCAACUGCCUCCUGCAAACCACACAGAGUCUGUCAGUCAGUGUCUGUUGAAGGAAAUAGCACAAGUGACACAGUCUGCAGUGAUUCUGAGGUAGAUGUUCCUAUCAUAGCAACAUCUCCUCACACCACCAUGCCCAGCACUGGCCAGCUUACAGCAGAAAGCUCCGUUUUUGGAACCAAAGAAAUAAAAACCAAAGCUGUCCAUCAAGGCCUUUCUCCUGAUGUCUCUCAGACCAUUGGUAUAAUAGUAGGAUUGACGUUUCUAGCACUCAUCGUAUUUGCAGGGAUUGCCUGUUUCAUUGUUUAUAGAAAAAAAGCUCCAGAUUUGAAGCAGCCUGACAAAAGGCAACGAGAUACAGGAGCACAGAGCGCCAGUGGUCCUAAGCAGGAGGAGCAGCACCUCUUAGAAACUCCUGUGUCAAGCAGCAGCUCUUUGGACAACACAGCUUCAAGAAUCAGUGGAAUAAGUAUUAAGAACACAGAAAAGAAAGAAACAGAGAGAACUCAACAGAGACGUAUGACCUCAGAAGGUUGUAAUCAUUACAGUGGAGCCAGACCCAACUCUGCAAGCUCAGAGCAUUCUGGUAGUGGAGGAACGCAGGUGAAUGUAACUUGUAUUGUUAAUGUGUGUAAUUCAAACCACAACCCACAAUUUCCAGAAUCAACCACUUCAACCACUAUGGAUUACGAAAAUGUUCCCUACUGCACUCCAACAGAGGAAGAAAUUCCCCUUUCUAAAGAAGAAAACCCCUUGAAAAGAGAAUCUGAAAUUCAAAUCUCAGUGGAAGCUGCAGAUAGUUUGCCUCCAAGCUUACCGUUUCCAGAAGAAAAGCCAUUUCCUCUGAGUGUUCAAGAUGCAGGGAUGAAAAAUAGCUAAAGAAGAUGACAGAUCAGAUAUUGACUAAUAAAACUUUAAGCAGCUUCUGAUCUGCUAAAAUAAACAGUGCGUUACAAAUAUAGCAUUCUUAUGGAGACUUAAAAUCUAAAAUGUAUCUAGAUAUGGAAGGAUUCAGAACCUUUUAAAAAAGUUUAAACGCUCUGAUAUGUAAUGGCUUUAAAAGUUGAAGGAAGAUCUUUGCAGAAUUCAGUGAUAUUUUUAAAAGCAUUCUUUUUCUUUUCAAUUUAGUAGUUUGUUUAUCCAUCAAAUUGUCACAUGCAAGCUUCCUUCUGUCAUGCAUUUACCACGGGUCUUGAUCCUGGCCAAGAGAGAUCUCCUCUGCAGCUGAAAAGGAAGUGUAUUCAGUCAUUGACCUAUCUGCUGACUCUGCCUCCAGGAUGCCAUUUAGGGAUAAUGAUGGGAUUUUUGAUUCACGCAUCCCAUUGGCUAAGAGCUGGACUAAGACGAGCAUUCCAUGAGAAAUGAGCUGGUGACCAGCCAUCCAAUGCUAUUGAUUUAGCCACAUGUUUUUAUGGCAUCAAAUUAUACCAUUUCCCAUCUGAUCCACCCACCUCUCAAAAUAUUCACUUUUUUUGAGGGAUGUAUGCUUCAGAUCUUUCCUUCUGUCCUUGAUAUUUUUUGCUGCUGUUUUCUCUUUCUCUCUCAUACCGUGGAGGCAUAUCUGUUCUCUAAGAUUUGUGUGCAUUGGAGGGUAAAAUCUUCUACAUGAGUUUUUAUACUAGAUUACAACUAUUCUAUUCAACAAUAGCAAAAAAAUGCACUUAUUUUUGUGUCAGCAGUACAUAUUUAAUAUAUUUCUUUAAAAAAGAAAGAAUAUAUAUAAGUAGAACUUGUUACACUGAAGAGGAAUUGUCAUCUUUGUGCCAUGGUUGAUUCUUAUGUCAUUUCAUGAGGUCUGUCAGAGAGAACUAUGUGCGCCAAAUGUUUUCCUCUACAUUUCAAUUAAUAAUGGUGAAGACCCAGGCAAAUGCGUCUCUCAUACAGCUCAUCCUGGUUGACCCCAGGAAACGGUGAAAGGCUGAAUGGAAUGAAACCUCAGAACCACAAAAUCAGCUGUUCGUGAUUGUUAUCCUCUAGUAGCUGAUCUGCAAGGGGAUUGUACUCCCUACUGACAACUAAUGGAGACUUUUCUUUAGCGCUGGUGACAGAAGUCUGCACUUUUGAAGCUCAGGUUCUGGGAUUGUACUUUCCAUAAUCAUGUUGCACAUGUGUGGUUUCACCAGCAACUGUGGUGUCUGCAUUCAAACAUAAAUUUAUUACAAAAUGCCUGAGUAAGAUUCAGGCUAAGUCACACUGGAGUCUGAAUUCUGUCCUUAUUAAAACACCUGCAAAUCCUAUUGGAGCUGCUCAAGAGUAACAGAAUGCCAAAUUUAUUCCGGAGGCUUUGGGCUGAAGAAAAAUGCCUUUACGUAGCAUUCAUUCAACAGCUGCUGAAGAGCAAGUAUGCUUUACGCUUUCACUAAACUUUCAGGAGUAUCCUUUGUGGCUGUGGAGGUUAGCGGUGAAACAUGCUGAAGUAUAUUUUAACUUGCAUUUGAGAGUAUGCUCUGAAAUGACUUAGCAUAUGGAAACUCUGAAAUUUAUCCAAAACCACAGAAUUUGUGCUUAACAUAGGACUUGAUUGUACAGCAGGCUAUUUCCAGCAAUGUGCUGAACGUCUGUAUCUGUUGCUCAUCACUUCCAAGAACUGGGUCUGUAUUGAAACAGCAGCCCAAAGGAAAAAUCAGGGGUUCAACCAUGGUAGUUAAUUUAUGGGCUCUUCAUAUUAUGCAGCUGCUUGGUGGAAGAAAAAUCCUAUGUAUUCAUGUAGGUAAUAGAGAAGCAUUUUUUAAAUCUGUUCAUAGAUGUGUAUAAAAAAGUAAAAAUGUGUUUUUAUUUUUAUAAUUUGUGACUUGAAUUCUCCUGUCGUUUCUAUUAAACAAAAUGCCUUUACAUUUUCUUUGUUUUAAAAAAAAUUAAAAAACCUACCAUUUGUUGA